AUCUAACUUGGUUUGCUUAUCACAGUUUUUACAGGGGUAAAUGACACAGAUUUAACAGAACAGGUCAUGUCUACAACAAAGGUAAAUGGAGUUCACACUGUGGACUUCACCACUCAGUCCUCCAUCAUGGAGACGAAGGGAUCGGUCAUCAGUGGUCACAAUGUGGUGUACUCUGUGGACGUGAGGAAGGGACCGUGCUGCUGUGGGCAGGUCACACAGGAACAGAUCCUUAAGGGAGUGGAUUGUAUAUUCAAACCUGGAAUGAAUGCCAUAUUGGGUCCAACAGGAAGUGGAAAGUCCUCACUUCUGGAUGUGUUGGCCGGUAGGAAGGACCCCAGCGGACUCCAAGGAGAGAUUCUGUUUGAUGGAGUUCCUCCCCCUGAAAAUUUUAAAUGCAUGGUUGGAUAUGUUGUACAAGAUGAUGUUGUCAUGGGAACAUUAACAGUCCGGGAAAAUUUCCAAUUCUCGGCAGCCCUUCGUUUGCCAUCAAACUUGACAAAGGCAGAGAGGGAUGAGCGAGUGAAUACAGUAAUACAAGAACUGGGCCUCUCCCACUGUGCAGACACAAAGGUAGGAAAUGAGUUUAUACGUGGAGUGUCAGGAGGAGAAAGGAAGAGGACCAACAUUGGAAUGGAGCUAAUUAUCUCCCCUCCUGUCCUGUUCCUUGACGAACCAACCACUGGGUUAGACGCCAACACUGCCAAUUCUGUCAUGUUGUUAUUGAGAAGGUUGGCAUUGAAGGGUAGAACCAUUAUCUUCUCUAUACACCAGCCCCGCUACUCUAUAUACAGACUUUUUGACACCCUCAUGAUGCUAUCCCUGGGAGAGGUUGUGUAUCACGGCCCGACUAAGGACUCCCUGGACUACUUCCACUCUAUAGGUUACACAAUACAGGAACAUAAUAACCCACCGGAUUUCUUCCUUGAUGUUAUCAGUGGAGACUUCAAUGUGGAUGUGGACACCUUAGAUCCAGAGAAAACUUCCACAGAUGAGGAGGAUGUUCAUGGUGCUCUUGUACAGAAAUUCAGACAAUCAAAUGUCAACGCAAAAGUUCAAAGUGAGGUGAAGGCUAUCUUUGAUGAAUAUCAGUCCAAAUUAACAAAGAAAGAGUUGGUAUCACUGCCACCUGUAGAAUACAACACAUCAUUCUUUACACAGCUUUUGAUCUGCUCAGGAAGAACUGUUAAGAAUAUAGCCAGGAAUCCCCAGACCUCCAUCAUGCAGCUGUUUGUGAUCCUAAUUUUUGCUGCCAUAGUUGGAGGGAUCUACUGGCAAAUAGAAAAUGACUGUAAAGCAGGGAUUCAGAACAGAGUUGGUGCUUUCUUUUUCAUUGUGAUGAACCAAGUGUUUGGAAAUUUAUCUGCAGUAGAAUUAUUUAUCAAGGAGAGGGCUAUAUUUAUGCAUGAGAACGUGAGUGGAUUUUACCGUGUGUCGGCCUACUUCUUCUCCAAGAUAUUCUGUGAUGUCAUUCCUAUGAGGUUGUUCCCUGUUGUCAUUUUUUCUGCUGUUACAUAUUUUAUGAUUGGUUUCACAGCAGAAGUGGACAAGUUCUUCAUCUACACCCUCAGUCUGUUUGCUGUUGCCAUGGCAGCCUCUGGUUUGGCUUUCUUCUUCAGUGCCCUGGUUAAGAUUUUCGCCAUUGCCAACUUGUGUAUUGCCUUGUGCUAUGUUUUUAUGAUGGUGUUCAGUGGUCUUCUGAUCAACAUAUCCUCUAUUGCGGAAUGGCUGAGGUGGAUCAAAUGGCUUAGCAUCUUCAGAUACGGUCUCAAUGUAAGAACAUUAUUGUACUUCUUUGUCGUUUUAGCUUUACUUAA